AUGUGAUGAAACACUUCCUGUUUUGAUUAUACUUGCUAAUUGUUGGAAUUUAAAUAAUUUAAAAAAGCUUAAAGUAUAUAAAGAAUCAAUGGAGAUUACAAAAAAAAGUUAAAAAGUAGUAGGAAGGAAAUUAUAUUAUAUAUUAAAGAUGUAUGUGUAAGAUUCCAAUUUUCUACGCGCUCUUCUUACAGAUGGGGACUUAUAUUUUACAUUCAUAAAACAGCCACACAUACAUGAAGUAUUGGUAAACUGUAUACACAAGUAACGAAGAGGGGUCCGAAAAAGUAGAGGGGAGCAUAGAUGCAGACAGUGCCGGCCCCACUCUGGGCCCAAGGGAGAACCCCCCACAUUCCAAGAUGGCUGUGCCUAAGGAAUGCAGUGGGUGCCCCCCUAAGACGCCUUCCUCCCUUCUUUUUUAUUAAUCGGAUCAAUUUAUCGAGUCUAGAGAAAAGAAGACUUCAGGUACCUAGACGAAAUAGUGAAGUAUACGCGAUUACGAUUAAAGAAAUAAGUAAUUAGAAAAAAAUUGAUCGUACGUUAAAUGUAAACGAGAAAAGAGAGGAAAGUGCGAGAAAGACUAGAAAGGACCUUACGUAUUAAAGCCCGAAGCCUUAUCUAAUGGAGCUCGUUUGCGGCAGAUAAUGCCCAUGCAGGAGGAUGUUCCCGGCUCGUCUUAAGCAAUGUCUCAUAGGGAUAUCUCUGAGGUGGAGCCCGAAGGUACGUCGGCCUUGGCCGCUGGAUCCAGAUCAUUAUUCCUAGAGACUGUACGGCGUAGCAAUGCAGCAUGUCAGAAUGGAGAUUAUGCACUUGCUGCGACUUUAUAUACUGAAGCCUUGGCCUUGGAUCCACUCAGUCAUGUAUUAUAUUCCAACAGAUCAGCUGCACGAUUAAAAAUGGGCUUAUUUGCCCUUGCCCUUCAAGAUGCUGUAAGGGCUACAGAACUUAGUCCACAAUGGCCAAAGGCAUAUUAUCGCCAAGGUGUUGCUUUACAAUGUUUGGGCAGACACGGGGAAGCCCUUGUAGCAUUCAGUACUGGAUUAGCUCAUGAUCCAUCCAAUUGUCAACUAUUAUCUGGUUUAGUAGAAGCUUCUUUAAAAUCUCCUUUAAGACCAACGUUAGAACCAACAUUUCAGCAAUUGCGGGCAAUGAAAUUAGAUGAAUCUUCUUUCGUUGUAAUAUCUGUUGUUGGUCAAGAACUUCUUGGUGCAGGACAAUAUAAAGCAGCUGCUGGUGUAUUAGAAGCUGCACUCACAAUUGGUUCAUGCAGUUUAAAAUUAAGGGGUUCCGUUUUUUCUGCCUUAUCUAGUGCAUAUUGGGCAUUAAAUUCUUUAGACAAAGCAAUUAAUUAUAUGCAACAAGAUUUGGGUGUGGCGAGAUCUCUAGGAGAUACACAAGGUGAAUGCAGGGCACAUGGAAAUUUAGGAUCUGCUUAUUUUAGUAAAGGCAGUUACAAGGAAGCUUUAACAGCACAUCGAUACCAAUUAGUUUUGGCUAUGAAAUGUAAAGAUACUCAAGCAGCGGCAUCUGCCUUGACAAGUCUAGGUCAUGUUUAUACAGCUAUUGGUGACCUUCCAAAUGCAUUAGCUUCACAUAAACAAUGUGUGCAAUUAGUAAAACAAAUGGGAGAUCGUCUUCAAGAAGCUCGUGAAAUUGGCAAUGUUGGAGCAGUUUAUCUAGCUAUGGGAGAAUUUGAAAGUGCUGUAGACUGUCAUACGCAGCAUUUACGAAUAGCAAGACGCUUAGGAGAUCGCGUAGAAGAGGCAAAGGCAUUCAGUAAUUUGGGAUCAUCGCACCACUAUUGCAGAAAUUUUGGUCAAGCAAUGGCUUAUCACGAAAAUGUUUUGAGAAUAGCUCAGGAACUAGGGGAUAGAGCAAUAGAAACAAGAGCUUAUGCAGGACUGGGUCAUGCUGCAAGAUGUGCAGGCGAUCUUGCUCAAGCCAAGCUUUGGCAUCAGAGACAACUCGAUGUCGCGCUAGCAACAAAAGACAAAGUAGCAGAAGGUCGGGCAUGCAGUAAUCUAGGAAUAGUUUAUCAGUUACUUGGUGAGCAUGAUGCUGCACUUAAGUUACAUCAAGCACAUUUGGGUAUUGCCCGAGCUUUGGGUGACAGAGCUGGUAUGGGCAGGGCCUAUGGAAAUAUUGGAAAUGCUUACAAUGCUUUGGGAUAUUAUGAACAGGCUAUUAAAUAUCAUAAGCAAGAAUUGACCAUAAGUAAAGAGGUCAAUGAUCGUAGUUCGGAGGCAAGCACUCAUGGAAAUUUAGCAGUAGCAUAUCAAGCUGUGCAAGGUCAUGAAGCUGCAUUGAGACAUUACAGAGCACACUUGGCAAUAGCUCGUGAAUUGAAGGAUACAGCUGGUGAAGCAUGUGCACUACUUAAUCUUGCUAACUGUUUAUCAUCACGAGGAAGAUUUGAAGAGGCAGUUCCAUAUUAUGAGCAUUAUCUUAUGUUGUCUCAGGAAUUACAUGAUGUAGAAGGAGAAGCUAAGGCAUGCCAUUUUUUAGGAUAUGCACAUUAUUGUUUAGGGAACCAUAGAGAGGCAGUGAGAUAUUAUGAUCAAGAUUUGGCCUUAGCCAAAGAUUUGCAAGAUAAAUCUGGAAUGGGAAGAGCAUAUUGUAAUUUAGGAUUAGCACAUUUAGCUUUAGAAAAUUUGGAUACUGCCUUGGAAUGUCAAAAAUAUUAUUUGGCCAUAGCCCAUAUGACCAAACACUUAGCCGGUAAAUUUCGGGCUUUGGGAAAUAUUGGGGAUUGUCUUUUACGCCUUGGCGAAGCAGAAGAAGCUAUUAAAAUGCAUCAACGUCAAUUAAACUUAGCACGACAAGCAGCUGAUCGUAGUUUAGAAGCGGCUGCUUAUGGAGCUUUAGGAAUUGCUCAUAGAGCAACAAAGAAUCUUGACAAAGCUCUUGGGUUUCAUACACAAGAACUUACAUUAAGACAAGAAGCUGGUGAUUUACGAGGGGAAUGUAGAGCUCAUGGUAAUUUAGGUGCUGUUCAUAUGGCAUUAGGUCAAUACACACAUGCUGUUAAGUGUUAUCAAGAACAAUUAGAAAGAGCAAAGGAAUUGGCAGAUUCUGGUGUUGAAGCACAAGCAUUAGGAAAUUUGGGAAUAGCUAGACUAAAUAUGGCUCAUUACGAAGAUGCAAUUGGAUAUUUUGAACAACAAUUAGCAACUUUAGAACCAUUGACUACAGGUACAUCUUUACUUGACAAAGCUAGAGCAUUGGGAAACUUAGGCGAUUGUUAUGAAGCCUUGGGAGAUCCAGAAGAAGCUAUUAAAUGUCAUGAACAACAAUUAGCUGCGGCUAUAAAACUAAAAAGUAUAAGAGAUCAAGAAAGAGCAUAUAGAGGUUUAGGAAGAGCUCGCGAAGCAUCGGGAAAUUUACAAGAAGCUUUAGUUUGUUUUGAAAAAAGAUUAGUAACUGCACACGAAGUCGAUAGUCCAGAAGCAAGAGGUGCAGCUUAUGGUGAUUUAGGUAGAGUACAUGCAGCAUUAGGAAAUCAUGAACAAGCUGUUAGUUGUUUGUCACAUCAACUUGCUCUUGCUAGAGGUCUUGGUGAUAAAGCUGCUGAAGCUGAAGCUGCUAGUGGAUUAGGGGCUGUUCAUUUAUUAAUGGAUGAUCCUAAUUCAGCAUUGAGACAUCAUCAGUUAGAACUUUCUAUUGCUGAAGGCUUAAAUGCUGCUGGAUUACAAGCCAGAGCUUGUGCAAAUUUGGCUAUGACUCAGGAAGCCCUCGGUCAAUAUGAGGAGGCAAUAAGAUUACAAGAACAAUCAUUAAGCUUAGCUGCUGCAGCUGGAGAUCAAUUAGCCAGAGCAGCAGCGUUUUCCAGUUUAGGAAGAUUACAUCAUUUAUGUGGUGAUUUAUCAAGGGCUUUAAGUUAUUUACAAUCAGGAUUAUCUUUAUCUGAAGGUUUAGGAAGGAGAGAAGAAGCAGCUAGGUUAAAAUAUAGACUUGGUCUUGUUCAUUGGGAAGCUGGAGAAGCAACAACUUCUGUAGAACAUUUGGAAAAGGCUGCAAAUCUUUUAGAAUCAUUAGAUGGAUCAUCUUCAUCUCUCAUUUGUGGACAACCUAGCAAAAACGAGCUAUUAACGGAAACGUAUAGAAUGUUGCAAAAAGUAUUGAUUAGUUUAAAUAGAGCAGAGGAAGCAUUAAAUUGGGCAGAAAGAUCUAGACGAUCUAGAACUAAUUCUUUGGAUGAUACAGCUCAUUAUUCAGAAAUUAUUGACAGACAAAGAGGAAUGAUAUUGUAUUAUAGUGAAGUGGGUAAUGAGCUGCAUGCAUGGUGUUUAGCUCCAGGUCGAGGACUUUUAAGGUUUCAUUCAACAACAUUGGACGAUGGUAUGACUUUAGAACAGAAAGUGUUACAAGCUCGUGAAGCACUUUUAGACGAAUCCAAUGAGCUCGCGGAAGAAUCAACAAAAAUACCAACGAGAGGGCAUCAUCUUAAUGCGAGUUCUUAUAGUUUAAGCAGUUUAUUUAGCGUUGGCUCUGUUAGUUCACGAGCUGGAAGCGCACGUUGGGGACGAGGAGUUAAGGGACCUACAUGGCAGUCACCAUUGCCGAUUCAGUUACUUUAUGAUUUACUCUUAGCACCAUUCGAAGAUUUAUUGCCUCCUGUUAGAAAGGAACUUAUUAUGGUGGUCGAAAAGUCUCUCUAUUUGGCACCAUUUCCAGCUUUACAAUCAAAUCCAGGAGAGGAUUAUUUAUGCGAAAGAUUUUCUUUAUUAAUCGUACCAUCGCUUGCAGCUCUUAAGAAAAGAUCGAAAACUCCUAUGCCCGAAGGUGGUGCUACUGUAGCUGCUCUAGUUGCAGGAAAUCCUACUCUUCCAGAGGAUAUUAGAGAAGAAUAUGGAUGGCCAGAAAGUGCAGCUUCUACUGAAACAGAAUCUGAAAUAGUCGCGGAACUUUUAGAAGCACGUGCUCUAAUAGGCGUGGAAGCUACAAGAUCAGCAGUUUUAAGAUCUCUACCAGAUGCAGAAUGUGUACAUUUAACUGUACCAGUUUUUUGGAAUUCUACUAGUCUAGCACUUACGUCUGAUCAAUGUGAAGAAGGAACUGAAAAACCAGCUUAUUUGUUAAGUUCUUCGGAUAUUCUAAAAUUACGAAUAUCUGCUAGAUUAGUGGUAAUAUCCAGUGGUCAUUGUUGGAACAGUACUGAAAACACGGCUCCUUCAUCAGACGGGAUACAAAAUCUUACAAAAGCAUUAUUAAAUGCUGGAGCACAGUGUGUAUUAAUAGGCAUGUGGGCAGUUCCUCCUACAGCUGGUAGCAUUUUAUUGCGAGCAUUUUAUAGUGCCAUGUUACAAGGUGCUAGGGCAUCAAGAGCUUUAGCUGAAGCAAUGCAAACAGUACAACAUACACGACAUUUUGCUCAUCCAGCAAAUUGGGCAGGAUGGUUACUUAUUGGAGGAGAUGCAAGAUUAUCAAAUAAGGUAGCUCUUAUGGGCCAGGCGCUAGCUGAAUUAUUACGUGGAGGACCUGAACAAAGUCGAGAUGCUUUACGCGUCACUCUUCACUUAGUAGAAAAAUCAUUACAAAGAAUACAUCGUGGUCAAAAGAAUGCCAUGUAUACGACGCAACGUAGUAUUGAAAAUAAAGUAGGAACGGCUGCUGGUUGGCGAGAACUUUUAAUGUCGGUAGGAUUCAGAUUUGAGCCAGCUGGAAAUGGUAUACCAUCUUCUGUAUUCUUCCCACAAAGUGAUCCUGAAGAAAGAUUAACAAGAUGUAGUGCUAGCUUACAAGCUCUUCUAGGAUUAGGACCAUCAUCAUUACAUGCUCUAGCUAGGCUUUUGCAGGCCCCGGAAGCGGCAGAAGACGUUAUUGCUGCAAUGAGAAGAGCUAGUUGUGCAACUGAAGGACAGGAAAUCUCUUUACCUGUACAAGUUUGGAGAGCACCUGGAUCUCAUGAAUUGUUUGCAAGUUUAGGAUUUGAUCUUAUGGAAGUUGGCCAAUCUGAAGUUACUUUAAGAACAGGAAAACAAGCUUCGCGUAGAGCCGUGCAAUUUGCUUUGCAAGCACUUCUUGCUUUAUUUGAUACACAAGAAGCCCCAAAGAGUCUUAGCAUAGAUUCUAGCAGUUCGAUGGAAAGCUUAGCAUCAGUUGCAAAUACUGAAAAAAAUGUUAUAGAACGGCCUAGAUUAGGAGGAGCGUUUGCAAGUUACGUACGGCAUCGUGGAGAACCAGAUGGAAAAACUAUGGAACCACCAAAUAUUCCAAUAACUAUAUCUCGUCAACAAUGUCAAAGUGGUGGAGGUGAAUCAGAUGUGGCUUUUACACCUAGUCCUCCAGUAGCACUUAAUUUGAAUCAUCAAACGCGUAUUAGAAAUUUAUAUCCUGAUCAAAAUGUAAGACCAGGAUCAAGUUCAAGUAGUUCAGUAACUGAUUGGGAUAAUGGUCAUGCUACUGUUUUAAGACGGCAACCGCUGCCACCUUUACCAACUACUGUAUUAGAACGAUUAAGUGUUAGAACAGAAGUUGGAUCUAACGCUCCAAGAAAGCCACGACAUCCUACAACUAAUGAAGAUAUAUGUUCUCAAACUGAUUCCACCCAGGCUACAGAAACACAUCCACAAAACUUAAGAAAUAUAGCUACAUCUUUAACGAGUUUAACACGCGAAUUAACACCUACUAUUUCUGAAGUAUACCAUGAACGAAAUUUAGGAUUAGGACUGGCUCCAUCUUUAUCAAAAUUAUUGGAAGAAGUGAGUUCUGUGCCUGAAAGAGAAGAAAUUCAAACAUCAAGGACAAAUCACAAUCAAACUCAAAAUUGGAUACAAAAUGAUACAGAAUUAUGUCGGAGGGAUGAGGCUGAUGGUAGAUCUAUUGCUGAAUCACAGUGUAGUGCUACCAGCUCUAACAAAAUUCAUAGGAAGGCACCACCACCUCCAGUAUAAUUUUUCUUUUAUUUAU